AUGUCAUCGCACGAUCUCACGUUCAAACCACCUUCCCAGGCAUCAUGGACUGCGAUGAUCGUGCACUCCAUCUCUGCCAACAAUGUCGACUGCUUUGUCUUCCGCACGGGAAGCACUCUCAUCGCUAGACAAUCAGGAGCAGAAUCUUGA